CCAGGGCCAGCCAGGGCGGGAGUGAGCUCCACGGAGCAGGUCAGCACUGCAGUCAGCCUGUGGGAGGCUGGAGAGCAGCAGCCCCACAGGCCCCAGGCAGAGAGAGUCCCUCUUGCCCUUGUCCCAUCUGCCACUCUCUGGAAGGAACAGCCAGCCCGACGAGCUCCAGCUUAGGGCAUAAGUAGGAGCUCUGGGUUCUCAGUGGGACCCGCAGCAGCCAGCAGCUCCUCGCCCCUCUGCCGCUCCUUCAGGUGAUGGAAAACCUGAGCACCACGGCUGCCGCGGGCAGCAGCCUCUGGGCCCUCCUCCUGGCCACACUUGGCUCCACUGCCAGCCAGCCGCUGGGGGCAGAGGCCGUCUGCACAGCCCGGCCUCCAGCCAAGUACAGCCUCACCUUCACGGGCAAGUGGAGCCAGGCGGCCUUCCCCAAGCAGUACCCGCUGUUCCGGCCCCCUGCGCAGUGGUCUUCCCUACUGGGGGCCUCGCACAGCUCUGACUACAGCAUGUGGAGAAAGGAUGCCUACGUCAGCAACGGGCUGCGGGACUUCGCGGAGCGCGGGGAGGCCUGGGCCCUGAUGAAGGAGCUGGAGGCCGCCGGAGAGAAGGUCCAGAGCGUGCUGGCCGUGUUCUCAGCCCCUGCCGUCCCCAGCGGCACGGGCCAGACUUCCACAGAGCUGGAGGUGCAGCCCCGGCACUCGCUGGUGUCCUUCGUGGUGCGCAUCGUCCCCAGUCCUGACUGGUUUGUGGGUGUGGACAGCCUGGACCUGUGUGAGGGAGGCCGCUGGAAGGAGCAGGCCUCCCUGGACCUCUACCCCCAUGACGCGGGGACAGACAGUGGCUUCACCUUCUCCUCCCCCAACUUUGCGACCAUCCCUCAGGACACGGUAACUGAGAUAACGUCUUCCUCUCCCAGUCACCCUGCGAAUUCCUUCUACUACCCGCGGCUGAAGUCCUUGCCUCCUAUGGCCAGAGUGACCCUGGUGAGGCUCCGGCAGAGCCCCAGGGCCUUUGUUCCACUUGCCCCAGACCUGACCAGCAGAGACAAUGAGAUCGUGGACAGCCUCUCAGUCCCAGAAACGCCGCUGGACUGUGAGGUUUCUCUGUGGUCAUCCUGGGGACUGUGCGGAGGCCCCUGUGGGAAGCUGAGCACCAAGAGAAGGACUCGCUAUGUCCGCGUCCAGCCGGCCAACCACGGGACGCCCUGCCCUGAGCUGGAGGAAGAGGCCGAGUGUGUGCCUGAUAACUGUGUCUAAGCCCAGAGCCCAGCACUCCACGGCCUCCUCAGGCUUGGGUCACACAGGGCUCUCGGAGGGUCAGGGCGGCUGCCUGCGGCCAGGCCGCCGGGCGCCCCUCCUGGGUAUGGAGAGCCUGUGCAGAGGUGGGGUCCCAGGGCUGUGGCAGGCGCUUCCUCAGGCUCGUUGGUCCUGAGGGUCUUGCUCUGCAUUAUGUCCCCCAUAACUUAUCACUCCUCUGGGAGGCUGCCUCUGAGGCGAGAACAUGCACCCCAAGAGCAGGAGAGGGGACGCCCAAUCCCAAAGCCCUGUGCACACAAGGUUGCAGAAUACCUCAGACCUGGAGCCCCAGGCCACCACCCCCCACUCCUGGGCAUGCCUGCCACCUGGGAGCAGGGUGCCCAUGAGAGACAAGGAGAGGGGCAGCGUUAGAACCUGGGUGUCUUCCUGUCAUGACCUCUUUGCAUUGGAAUAAAGGCUGUCUGUCCCUGAUAAA